AUGGGUCGUAGAAGCUCCGGUGGUGGAAGCAGAUCAUAUUCAACUGGAUGGUCCAGAUCUCGCUCUACGCCAUUUCUCAGCAAAAAAUCAACUCCUAAGAGCAUCAAUAUUGCUAAAGAACAAAAAGCUCCUCCUCCUGCUAAAGAUCAAAAAUCUCCUCCUAUUGCUAACAAUGGAAGAUUUUUUUCAUCCAUAGCUGAUGGUUUUGGUUUUGACAUGGGACACAGAUUCUUUGAAGCCAUUUUCGGUCCUCGAACCAUUAGACAAGAGAUUGUUAUACCAGAGAAAGUUGAAGUUGCUGCUCUCUCUACAAAAGACGAUAACGAUAAAUUGAAGGAUUAUACUGAAUCAUGCAGUAUCAGCUAUAAUGUAUUUCAAGACUGUUUGAAAGGAAAUGAUCUAAGCAAAUGUCACAUCUUCAUGGAUUCGCUGUUCGAAUGCAGGAAGAAUUCUACUAGUUCAUUCAAUUUCUAA